UCCUGAAACAUCCAAAACACAAAAAGUUUGAUCUUCCCUUCACUUUGAGCUCUUCAACUGUUUUGUAAGAGAAGCUUUGUCCGUGGUACAAGCAGAGAAUUAACCUGCGAUGUCUCUGAGCGGGGAUGUUUGUGUUGUGACCGGAGCCUGUGGAUUUCUGGGGAAGCGGCUGGUGAGGCUUCUGCUGCAGGAGGAGAAGAUGUCAGAGAUUCGUCUGCUGGAUAAAGAAGUAAAGCCACAACUGUUACAGACUCUGGAAGACUGUCGAGGCGACACAAAGCUGAGUGCUUUCGAGGGGGACAUCAGAGACGGUGAUUUCCUGAGAAAAAGCUGCCGAGGCGCUUCGAUUGUUUUCCACAUCGCGUCCAUCAUCGAUGUGACUAACUCGGUGGAAUACAGCGAGAUAUACGGGGUCAACGUCAGAGGAACUCAGCUGCUGCUGGAGGCAUGCAUUCAAGAGAACGUGUCGUCGGUCAUCUACACCAGCACCAUCGAGGUGAUGGGGCCAAACUCAAUGGGUGAACCCAUCAUCAACGGCACCGAGGACACAGUUUAUGAAUGCGCUCUGAAGUUCGCUUACAGCAAGACCAAAAAGGAGGCUGAGGAGAGAACCCUGCAGGUCCACGACGAGCUGCUCCCAAACGGAGGCCGACUUGCUACCUGCGCCCUUCGACCGAUGUACAUCUAUGGGGAGGGCUGCCGCUUCCUGCUGGGCCACAUGGGCGACGGGAUACGAAACAACAACGUUCUGUAUCGCAUGUCUCUGCCGGAGGCUUUAGUGAAUCCUGUCUAUGUGGGCAACGUGGCUGUGGCUCACCUCCAGGCAGCCCGCAGCCUCAAAGAUCCACAAAAAAGAGAUGUAGUCGGAGGAAAGUUUUACUUCAUUUCAGACGACACGCCUCACAUUUCCUAUUCAGACUUCAACCACGUCAUGAUGUCACCUCUGGGCUUCAGCAUUCAGGAGAAACUGAUGGUGCCGCUCCGCCUCUUCUACCUGUUCUGCUUCCUAAUGGAGAUCGUGUGCAUGAUACUUCAGCCUUUCGUGCGUCUCGCCCCGCCGCUGAGCCGGCAGCUCCUCACCAUGUUGAACACGACGUUCAGCUUCUCCUAUCAGAGGGCUCAGAGAGACCUGGGGUACGCCCCCAGGUUCACCUGGCAGGACGCUCGCAAACGCACCAUUGAAUGGCUUGCUUCACAGCUGCCACAAGAGAGGGAAAAAAAUCUGAGCUAAAUAACGAAUGAAAAGUCAUUAACACUGUACAACAACUGCAGUAAAAAUUAAUUUUAAUUGACAAGAAGUAUGUUUAUAUAUUUUUGGUGUUUGUCUCUUUACUUUUCCAAGCUAGCGUUUUCAACUUGGAUGAGACCCCUAAAACGAUUCGGGGCUGAUUCGGCCUGGUCCAGAAUGUAGUGCAAAACCACAGCAAGAUCUAUGUCCGGGUCUCCAUACUCUUCCUCCAGGCCCGCAAUAAAGAGAUUCUUCUGCUGCAUGAUUUCUUGACUAAUUUAGAGUCUGUACCAGAGUCUGUGUAGCAGGAAGAUGUUUUUGAAUCUGCUUACUGCUGAACUGAAUGGUGUGCGGACCUUUUCUUUUUUUCUGCAGUUUAUUCCUUUUUUUGCCCUGCACCUGUAUCGAUUUGCUUAGAUGUGCACACUAAUCUUUUUUUCUUUGAAUAUGUGCAUAACCAGUAUACUUUAGGGGGUGUGUAUAGCAGUGUGUGUUGUCUUUCUAAUCCAAACAUUGUCCCUUGUGGCUCCAAAAGAAAAACAAGAUUGUGACAAAAACUGCACAAAUCAAGGCAGAAGUGUACUUUGAACUGUCUUUCACCUGUACUUUUUCAUUCAGUCAUCUAUAGUUUAACAUAUCUAACACAGUAAACAUGAAGCAACUAUGUUUUUAAAAAGUGCAAAUUACUGUUCAUGAUUUCUUAAAGAUUUUUUGUUUCCACUUCUUUCCAUUUUACUUCUGAAAUGGAGUUCUGAAAACGUUUUGUUUGUUUCUCUGAUAUCACCACCAGGGGUCGCCAAAGUCACAGAUUACUUCACAUGUAGGGUUACAUUGUAAAUAAUCUGCUUUCAAGGUUAGUACCAUUAAAGUGUACGUGGGAAAAAGCUCUUA